AUCUUUUUUCUGGGGCACGCCGACCAAUCUCUCGCGCUCCUCUCCGCCGCUGCCCUCCUCCCAGGGCCUCCAGGGAAUGGCGGCGGGCUGGCGUGCCCGCGCGGAACGAGGACCUGCAGGCUACGCCACCCGGCGCACCGAGCACGGGCGCUCCGCCAUCGGCGAGCGACGGGGCGGGCGCCGCUGGGCGCAGCACAGCGCGCCUCGCAGCAGGGGCCAAUCUCGGAGCGCGGGCGGCGGCGGGGUCCCCCCUGGCCUCCGUGGCGCGGGGUCUCCGCCCCGGAAGCCACGAGGCCCAGGGGUUCUCGCGACGACGACGACGACGACGACGACGACGGCGACGGCGACGACGACGACGACGACGACGGCGGCGACGGCGACGACGACGACGACGACGACGGCGACGGCGACGACGACAACCGGCGGCAGGGCGCUGGGCCGUCGAGCGGGGCACGGCGCUGAUCAGAUGGUCGGGGGCUCGUGUGCCCUGGACGGCGCCCGGUCGGGCGGCGCGGUCGCGUCAGACGACGCUCUGGGCGACACGGCGGCGCCCGUCUCUGGCCUCCGGAAAGAGAAGCUCCGGGUAGCGGGAGAGGCCCCAGCCGCAUUCACCCUGCUGGGUUUCGAGGGGCGCCGAGACUUGGCGCUCAGGAUGGCCUCUUCCCUGUCGUGGACGAGCUGCUCCGUCUCGUGUGCGAGGCUCCCCACGUCCUCCCUGGGCUGGAGGGAGCCGUCGUCGCCGAUGACCUCGUCUGCCCCCGCCAUGAGAGUCGGGGAGUUGCUCGUGAUGAUGCAGGUGCGGGGGCGGCGCCCAUGCCUGUGAGCCCUGCUCUUCUCCAGGCCCCUGUUCUCCACGUACUCCCGCAGGCACUCCAUCACGCCGAAGGCGUCGUCGAUGGUCAGCGCCUGCAAGGGCCUGUCGAGCACGAGUACGGGAGGGUCCGAUAUGAGGGCGCACGCGAGCUGGAUCUUCGCGCGCGCGCUGGCCGAGAUGCUCGACGAGAUCCGGUGAAACGCGACGUCUGACGAUCGAUACGCGCAUGCUGCGGAUGAGCGACCCCGUGGUCCCGCUCGGCUGCAGGGCCUUCUUCGCAGUGCCGCACACGUCCUCUCGGAUGAGCUGCAGCAGGUGCUCCGGGAUGUUCAGUCGCCUGCAUAUGCGGAGCCCGCGCUCGACCUCGGCGCUCCCGAGCUUCUUGAGGUCGUCGAUCCGGAUAUCGCGCUCGUCGCCGAGGAGGCCGAAGAAGACGCUCAUCGCCAGGGGUCCGUCCCAGAGGACGGGCUGGAUCGCGACGCGCAGGACGCGCAGAUAGGGCGGCACAAAGACGGUCCCGCUGUCGGGCAGGAGCUCGCUGGCCAGGAGGCUCGUCAGAGUCUUGAAGCCGACUGCUGGGGGCCCCGUGAUGGCCACCAGCUGCCCCUGCCUAAUGCUCAUGGACAUGUUCUUGAUGACCUCCCUGGAGCUUCCGGGGUAGGAGAAAAGUGGACGCUCUCGAGGGUGAUGUCCAUCCUGUCCACCGGCUGGCCCUCGCUGGGCAGCGGCUGCUCGAGGAGCCGCUGCAGACGUGCCCUGAACUCCACGCUCUUGCCGUGCUCCAGCUUCUGCCGGCGGCUCAGGUCGGUGGGGUGGUUCAUGUACUCGACCACGUGCCAGAGGGAGGGAUCGUCGGCGGCGGGCCCGGGGGGGAAUUUUCGGGAGCUCCGGGCUCGAGGUUCUCGGGCGGCCUCGUCGUGUC